UUUGUGAGUCGAGUAUCCAUUUAUACUUUCUGACCAAAUAAAGUGCUGACUUUCAGUCGGAGCGCACCAGGCCAAAGCGAUUGUGCGAGCGGAGGCGUGGCACGAGUUUUGUUUUACGCAAAAAAAAAUAGAACCAAUUAACUCAAAAAAAUACACUUUUGCUCUCGUUUUUUGUCGGCUACGCGACCUUAUCUGAGACUGAGUUGCAGCACGACCAAGACGAUAUUCUAAUACUACAUUGACAACUGUUUCGCCACUAGAACGUGAUCACAUGACGUCCUCUUCGAGCAGCUCGAUACACGCUGCAGCAGCAGCUUCAGGAGAUGGAGAGCAACCUCCACUCAUGGUCAUGCUCGGCCCUUGGCGGUACAUCCUGGACCUGAAUGCCUCCGACGAUGCCCCAGACCGACACAGACGAGUGCCAGUGCACUCCAAUACAUCCUCGAACACGUCGCCAGAUAUUUUCAACUCGCAACAGAAACAAGCCACGUCAUCUUUCUCCGACCUCCAAAUGCUCAUUGGCGCGAAGAUUUCGGACCAGCAGAAGAACCUGACCUCCUUACAAACUACCUUGCAGGGAAUUCAGGGUUUGAAUGCCGCUAUGAACUGCAAAAGUAUCGUACUCGUAUAAAUGCAUUACAAAUUUUCUCAGCAUGAGAAAUAAAAUUUGUGAUGCUGAUUUACCUCAAGAGAAAGAUUUGGAAUGCAAGACUUGCAUUUAUACGAAUACGCUACUUCUUUUGCACAGGAUAGCCGCGGCGCAGAUUAACGAGCAGGCGGUGGUGGACUCGUUGAACAGCCUGAAAACGAUAUCACAGUGAAAAUUGCACCCACCCCCAAAGUCGCAAAAACUUGUUAUGCGAAGUUUCCAAAUGAAAAUUUUUUGUCAUGCAUGAACGAAGUAUGAAUCUUUCUGAUGCAGAGUCUAGGCGUGUAUCGCAUCACUUGUAUGACAAGCGCCGCUCUUGCUGGCGUCUUUUGCAAUACAAAUUUUUGCUAUUCACGAUUGGAAAAAAUCUGUGAUACUGAUAGAUGCAAGAGUGCGAGUGUUUCGUUUGGAUUUGGAAUGAAAGGUUUGCAACACAAAUGCUCCCAAGUUCGGGGAUCUUGGGUGCAUUUUUCACCUUGAUAAACGAAGAUUUUGGAAACGGGCAAGACCGCGGACGAUUUGCUGCAGUUUUUGCAGUUCGUCCUGAGCUCCGAAGCAGAGGAAGAACAAAAUGGCCACGUCGACGACACAAGAACCAGGGCCGUUCGCGAGGCGGGGAAGUGGCUGCGCGAUUUUGCGGACCCUGCAAUGGGGGAUUUGGUGGAGUGGUUCAACACAAAACUAGAGCCACAACUGGACAACUACGUCUUUGGAUACUCUUACGACUCGCAAAUUAUGUGUCCGGGUCUGGGCUGGUGAGGAAAUUUGUGAUGCUUGUAUUGCAGUUUUGGGCAGUUCAUCUGGAAAAUUUUCACGUGUUGUCGUAUGGCACCAAGAGCAAGAUGAAGUACAUAUGCGCAGCUUCCUUUGUCGUGCGCUCUGAAAUUCUGCUUCGAAAAUAUGUCACGCGUCGUGAUUCAUUUCAAUUUCAUCUGCACGUAGAAAAGAUAAAGAAGCUUAGCGCCACCUCCAUGAAAUAAAUCAUGCUUAUCGCAAGAAAUCCGCUUGAUAUGCUGACAAAGAUUUGCGAUGCAUAAGUCGCAGUGGCGUUCUCUCGGUAUGGCGGAAUGUACGAGAAGGAAAAGGCGGGGCCGUGACCACGAGGACCUCCGUAUUGUCUUCUUCUCGUUUUGCACAUCUACUAUUCCUGUCAAUUACCAGUAACUCUUAGUUGUUUUCGAUGAUACACUGAGCAGUUGACGUUAACGAAAAAAAGGAGCGUGCCUCCUGUGUGGUGCUAUGCGUUUUUCAUUGAAUUGUAUGCGUAACUGACCUCCUGCUUCAUAUGAUACACCAGCCGGCGACUGGACCUGCCUCGUUUGCACGAGUGGCACCACAAACUUUGCAACCCGUAUCAGUUGCUGCAAGUGUGGCUCCCAGAGAACACCGAUGCGGGUACCCGGAACACAGCAGCUCCACGACCCGCUGCAGAGGGAGACGGCGGACCACAGCAGAACUUGGCUCGUCCGUGACUUGUCGGAAGACGAGCAAGCGCGGGCGGUUCUCUUCCAGUUUAGGACCCAGACGGGCGAGUACAGCCGCUGCGACAUGAAACUGUUGGUGCGCAACGCGUUGCGGGCACUGCCGGAGGCGUAUCUGCAAUGCGUGCACGACUACGCGGUUACUACGUUCGGCGGUUAUCCCAUGGAAAAGCAGGCACCUGUUCCCGAUAGUACUCUACAAGGAAAUAUAAAGGAAAAUCAGGAAAAAUCUCUGCGAGUCCUCGCGCAUGACAAAUUUGAUGCCGUGUCAGGGUUGUGCGUAGAUUCUAGCUUGCGUGGCCGCAUUACUAAAGCCGCCUUUUUUUCCUGAAGAUUCGAGCACCACAAAGGGUCCCGGUGCAAAAGAGCGUUUUAAGUAAACGUGGGGCCACGCAUGAGACACAUUCUGGGCAUGCGGAUUUGCAUGACAAAUGUUGGAUGGGCACGUUUCUUCACAGAAUACCUGCACGGUGCUGUUUGCGUCCACCGCGGCGGCGUCGGGGGUCAUUGCUCUCCAGGAGAUGAUCUUCAGUAUCCUGUGUAAAAACCGAUAGCCAUUAAUAUACGCUGAAGUCAAGAUGCAAUGUCUGCUAGAGCACAAACAAAGCAGAAGCUUUGCGAUUUCCGCAUGACAAGCCUCGAGAAGCACUGUACUUACUUAGUAUGAAAGCCAGGAACCCAAAGCCAGUUUUUAUCAGAUCCUGACCAGCGCAUGACUAACAACUGCUCCCAGUCCCAGACGUAAGAAUAAGGGGCAUUCACCAUAGUUCCAUGAAAAGCCGCAGAAGAGAUUUUGACUUGUUUGGCAUACAAAUAUCCACGUGAGGCCUUCGGGUGUUGGAUAUCGGUUUAUUUUACACUGGAUGUUCGGCUGUGCUACUCUUCGGGCCAACAACUCCGGUUACUGGCAGCAAGAGAUAACAAAAGCGGUGUUUUCAGCGAUUGGGGGCCCGACUAGCAGUGUAGAGCAGGAGAAGAACAGCGACGCUCUGGUAGCGACUCUCUCGCAAGGAGCUGCGAGUCACGUAGCGGCCCCAGCAGUGCGGCCGCGUCUCCUUUCGCAUGACUCUUCUGCGACUUCAGUGCUGCCAUCUUCUUCUUCAACAACCACCGCAGCAGCUGCGACACAAAAACUACAGAAGCCGGCUGUAAUAUCGCGGGGCGCCACUACUACAGAUGACGAGCAGAAAAAUUGUUCUGCCAGCAACGCCAACGCCAAACCCGAAAGCGAACAAACUGUCCCGCAGCACGCCAAAACCACAGAUCCCACGGGUGGCUGGAGGUGCCCAACUUGCAACGCGCUCAACUUGCCCUUCGCCAGUCGAUGUACUCGAGGCUGCAAGUCGAAAGCGCUCGUCCAGCUGGCGCCGGCACUGGCUGCCAAAAAGGCGGCAGCACGUGUUGUUGCGGAGACAACUUCUACUACUUUGUGCGGGGGAACAAGCACGAACUACCUGGGUGCCGGAGCAGCAGGCGGUCUCGAUCACAAGCCCCAGGUUGGUCGUGCAGAAAGCGCUGACGAUGCUGGAUUUUCUGCACACCAGGAAGAAGAAAUUUCUGCUGCAGAUGAAAACAACGACCAAACCGAAACACCAAAAACUGUCCAGGCGGAUAAUGGUACUGAUGCAAGGGUCGCAGAUAUCAAGAAGCGGUUGGCGACAAAAGUGCGGGUAGAAGGGUGCGCGUCCGCUGCAAGCGAAGGUUCGAAACAGCGCAGCGGGAGAAACGGUUGGAUGCCGCCGGAAUCGGAGGACGAGGGCGACUUGGUCGACGACACAGCGCAGGGCUGCAGUGGCAUUGAAGAAAUGUCUUCUCGCCGCCGGGGGGACCAGCUCGACUGCGAUGAGAGUCUGCAAGGAGGUGCGAAGCGGCAAAAGACCGGACCGGCGCGGGUUUCGCAAGAGCAGGAGCAUCUUCGCGGGGGCAGCAGACAGGACAAACUGGUCGCGCUGGCGCUGCUCGCGAAGGGUGCGCGGGGGAUGAAGAGGUGAGGACGUGGCGAGGACCACGGAAAGAGGUAUUACAACACUUGUGGUCAUCUUACCUGCAUGUGUAGCCUAGGAAAAACAACGAACCAAUAAUGGCGAAGAGCUGCAAAAGGCGACGUCCGUGUUGAAUGCAAGCUAGACCAGACUGAAAAAGAAAAUGAAAGACGAAGAUGGCUGUCAGUCGCAUCCGUGAUUGAUCCGUAUCUACCAAUCCCAAG